CUUCCUGUUUCUAUAAGCAGUGAAGACGAGACAACUGAAUGAAUCCCUUCUGCAUCUGUUUCAAUGUUUUCAUUUAGAUAAUAAAAGAUCCUAUGGACAUACUUUGGAGCGGACAAACAAACUGAAUAAAAAGUGUGAGCACAGGGACGCGACAUCUGCGAUGGAAAACUUAACCCUGGGCGUAAAUGAUUCAGAAUGUUACUCCAUUGACAGUUCAUCCAGGAGGAGGCCGUUUCUGUUUUUCUACCUGGCUAUCAUCAUCACUGCCAUCCCAUCCAACGCCUUCUUCCUGUAUGUGUCCUGGCAGCACAUUAGACAGAAGAAUGGGCUUGGUGUGUAUCUAUUCAAUUUAGCCCUGAGUGACCUGACAUUCACCAUCGGCUUUUCCCUAUGGCUGGACUUUCUAUGGAGAGGCGUUUGGGUCCAUGGGGGCUACGUUUGUGUGCUAUCUGUCUACUUUCUCUUCACUAAUUUUUACACCAGUGACGUUCUCCUAUGCUGCAUUGCUAUUGACCGCUACUUGGCAGUGGUUCACCCCUUAAAGUACACUUCCCUGAGGAAAGUUGGCACUGCAGCAGCGGUCAGCGUUGCCAUUUGGGUGUUGGUGGUCUCUUUCAACGUCAUCACCAUCACAUGGGAAGACACAUACCAAGAAAACAACAAGCUGUGCUUUGAUCUCUUCUUCCCGGUGUCAGAUAACUUGGCUCGGGCGAAUGUAGCACGCUUCAUCCUGGGCUUCAUUGUUCCCUCUCUCCUCAUGGUGUUUUCCAACUGGAGGAUCUGUAAGGCAGUGAAAUCCAACCAGGCCACAGAGGAACAGGAACGUAAACGGAUUUCCAAGCUGCUGACAGUAUUUCUGCUCUCCCUUUUGUUCUGCUUCGGACCUAUCCACGUCAUGAUGCUCCUCAGCACAGUAGUGGAGGACUGCAGGAAUCUUGCAUGGUUCCUUUAUCCAUACAAGAUCAGCAUAGCGAUCUCAACCCUCAACUGCCUUGCAGACCCUCUCCUUUACUGUUUCAUUACUCGAACAGGGAAGGAAAAUGUCAAUCAGGUUGUUCUCUUCUUCCAGGUAAAGAAGAGGAGCAGAUAUGAAGAUGUAGUUUAGAUUUAAAUAAAGUACGGGUCUAAAUAAUAGUAUGACCUUGUAAUAAACUUAUCAGUUAAGAAAGUUAAACAGUAGAAUAUGAUCCUGAUGUUAAAUAAAUAAAUCUCCUGGACUUGUCUGUGGCGCUCUGACCACUAUCUGAGCAGUGGUGGUAGGAGUAUUCAGAUCCUUUACCUAAAUAAGUACUAAUACCACAAUGUGAAAACUCUCCACGAGUAUCAAACUACUCUACUACUACUCAGUAAAACGGGGCUUGUCACUGUCGAUACAUUUACAGCAAUGCAUCUCCUUCACAUCUCUUAAAUGUUUAGUUUUUUUGUGAGUCGAGAACAACAGUCCUGACUUCAGCUUUGUGACGAUGCAUUUUCCCGAGGGUUUUAAAAUACUUUAUUUCCCGGAAGAAAUAAGAAACAUUUUAAAUCACCAAAUUUGGAGAUAAGUUGUUUCCACUGGACAGGAAGGGAAACAUAUUAAAUUGGAAAGCUGUAGUAGAAUAAAAAAGUACAAUAUUUGCCUCUGAAAUGUAGUGCUGUAGAAUUACAUUAAAUAGUUAUUGGUUAGUUGAUUAAUAGGUCAAUAAUAGGAAUUUAGUUAUUAGGUACAUAGUUAGGUAACAUGUUGUUAGUUAGUUAGUUAGUUAGUUAUUAAAGCCUUGAUAUCAAACUCUGCAAAUCAUUUUUACAAUGUUUACUACAUGCGUACUUUGCUUGUACAUCUCUGCUAUCAAGAUACUGUAAUCCCUUUAUCAGCAGUGACUCAUGUGGAACAGCUGUUCUAUGGGUUGUCAGACAUCACAGUUGUUCUGUUGUGUGAAACCUUCUCUAUACAAGCCAAAAGAAAAUAGAGGUAUUUUAAUUCGACACCAUUCAUCAUUUCAAUAAAGUGUGAGUUGGCCCUGAGUAAGCCUUAUCGAUGUGCUAUAUGAUGACAUUUGACUGUGGUUGCACUUCAGCUAUUUGUAUUUUUGAUCAAGUGUGAAGCGUGUAUUUUAAGUUAACAGACAAAAAGGAUUUCUGCCUUUUCAUAUGUGCCAUAAUAUUUUACAUUGGGAGAUAUUAAGGACUUACUACCAACCCAUCAGCAAAUGACUGAAGAACAUUUUCAGUAAUAACAGUGAAUGUUACAAGUGCUUUUAAUUGCUGGUCCAAGGUGUAGCUGACUGAAAGUGGAUAUCUGAAGCUCUCUAGUGGUCAAUCCUGAAAGUGCAGCAAGCUGUUUCACAGUUUACAUUUGGAAUAGUUGAUCAUUUCAAAUAAAAAUCCCUUGUU